AUGACUCACACGAUUAACACCGCAACUUGAUUUAUGGUGCGCCCAAAACGACUUGAUCUGUGGGGUGCCUUAUCCCGGAGGGGCGCCCAUAAUGACAUGGUUGGUGGGGCGCCUUAUAAUGACAAUAUAUGAUUUUUGGGCCGCCCAUAAUGCAUAGUGCCGAGUAACAUUGGUUGGGCGCCCAUGACUUGAUCAUAGGCGCCCAUAAAUUAAUUGGCGGGGCGCCCAUAAUGCCGAGGGAGAUUGGUUAGGCGCCUACGAAUGAAUUGGGCGCCCAAAACUGCGUGAUAAUCUUCAAAAUUCAAACAAAUCGCACUCUAAUUAGGCAUGUUAAAGUCUUAUUCAUUCCUACAAAUUUUUAUAAUGUUCAUAUCAAAAUAUCAUAUUACACCAAUAUCGGAAAUUCAGCCUCAAAAUUGAAAUUCUCCGUUAUUUUCAGGUGCAAACCCUGUUUUCCAAAAUGUUCUUGGGGGAGAGCACCCUAGACCCUUCGCCGAAGGGAUGCGUAUCCACGGUACCAUUCGCCGUGGACCGUCAAGUGUAGGUACAUCUGCGCCGCCUUUGCCCCCCCCCCCCCAGUCAACAAUUUGGGUAUAGCUACGGGCCUGGCUGUCCCUUUUCAUCUAAAUUACAAAACGGCAUAGCCCUGCAUUUUGAGCCGAAACGAGGUUAAAUUGCACUGUUUAAUAUAAACAGUUCAGUGAGUCGUCCCGGAUAUCAGGCCCUAAAAUCUAUAAAUAACUUUAAUGUCAUAAAUAUGCAUAUGUGUUCAACGCUCAUCGAGGUAAAUGACUACUGGAUGUAAUGGAACUCAAAUAAAUAGCCUUCAUUGUUUUGGUAGCCAUCCCAACACAAUAGUUCGAAGACCGAUUAAGUUCUUGUGUUCUCCACCGCGUCCAUCAUAGCGUAUUACACGACCAAGGCAAGUAAGUUUGUUUUCUUUUGUUGAAGAACGAUUAAAUGCUCGUCUUCUCCACUGUUUCGACGACGGUGAGAAAGGUUUUUUGGGGGGGGGUUUUUGUUUUUUUUGCAGAACGAUUAAGUGCUCGUCCAUUGUCGCAUUACACGACAAAGGUAAGCUAGUUCCAUCUAGUCCAUCCUCACAUUACACAACAAAACUAAGUACGAUUCUUUUUUACAGAACGAUUUAGUUCAUAAUACGGCGACGGUAGUUCUGCAAUAAUUUCUUCUUGUGUACAUCAAUAAUGAUUCUGACAAUCAUCAGGGUUAUAAAAAGGAUAAUGGUAACGAUGAAAAUGACUAUUAAACAUUUGAGGACAAGAUGGUUGGCAAUGACAUUAGCGAUUAUGUAUAUGUACCCUCUUUUAUUACUUCUUCAUAUGUCCAUAAUAUUAUGUAUUGCAAGUUAAAUUUGUUAUAAACAACAAUAACAUAAUAUAAACCAGGAGCUUAAAAAUAAUUCACGAUCUGCUAUCUUUCUUUCAGAAGAAUAGAUUUCUGGUGUUUAGCUAAGAAAUGAUGAUGAUGUCUGUAUGUAGAUGUAUCGAUUUGUUUAGAUUGCGGACUCCCUUGAAAUUGAUGUCCAGAUGGUCGUCCUACAAUGUGAUGAAUCCAGGUGGACAGGGGACAUCAUACGGCGACGUUCAGAGAGGAAAUCAAACGUUUUGUGGUAACGCUAAAGACGAGAUACUCAAAAUAGUUGAAAAUCUAAUUAGCAAACCUCAUCUAGAAAAUGAACCAUUUACUGUAGCAGAAUAUGGUGCCGCCGAUGGCUCGAUUUCAAUGGAAUUUAUGACUGAUAUAAUUAGAAAUAUACCUAAUGCCAGAUCAUAUCUUUUGGAUCAUGAAAAUGUUUAUGUCACAUCUGCAAGAACCAGUUUUUACGAACAAUGUUUUCCUUCCAAUUCUGUGGAUCUAGCACUCUCUUUUACAGCAACCCAAUGGCUAUCGAAACCGGUGUAUCCUAAUUAUACUCUUGACGCCGCAUCCAAACUAGCAGCCGAUGACUGGACACUCUUCCUCAAAAAUAGAACCAAAGAAUUGAAACCAGGUGGUUUGGGUGUCUUCUCAACUCUAGGGGGAAGAGAUGCUACUCCGGGAGAACCAGUCUGUAUAGCUUUUCAGGAUGGAUUGAAUGAAGUUGGUAAAAUUUGGAACGAUUUAUUUGAUCGUGGUGUUAUUACAAAGUCUGACUUAGAUAAAGGUACAAUCGCUAUCUGCUUUAGAAGCCCAUGUGAGCUAAAACAACCUAUCAACGAUUCCAAAGAGUUAAUGAAUAUGGGUCUUAAAGUGAAAGUUAAAUCGGACGCGAUUCCUUGUUUUUAUGUCACAGAAUGGAAGCAAAAGUUAGAGCAAGGUAGCAAUGACUGGGACAGUUUUGCUCGAGGUAUGACAAAAUAUUUAAAAAUACCUGCCUAUAAUACGUUCUGUGGAGCACUGGGUAGCGAGCGAAGCGAGGAACAGAAAUCACAGAUUUUUGAAUCAGUUUUUGAAGGAAUGGAGAAGUGGUUUUUAUCCAAAUAUCCCGGGGAUAUGAAUCCCUAUUGUUUUUACACAAGUACGUAUGUUCAAAAGGAAUAAACAGUAGCGACGCCGACAAUAUGCCGGUGCAACUACAUCGUCCUCUUUCGGUUACGCAAUGUAACCCAGAAUUUAUUAGCAUGACAUCCUUCCUGUAAUCACCUAGAACAUGACAUUCAUUUUACUGCUACUACUACUAUACAGAGUUAUUCAGCAUCAAAUGCUCGUUUUCGUGGUAUGUAAU